AUGGUUAAGCUCGCCUUGAAUCGUUCGGAGCCUUAUGAGGGAACGAAUUUAGAAAGCCAACCUGUAGACGUACUGUGGUUUUUUGACAAUUUCUUUCAUGUCACUAACCCAAAUGAGCAGGAAAGUUUCGUUGAUUGUGCUAUGUUUCGUACUGCUGAGAAAUCUGGAAAAGUCGGGGGAAUUGGUGAAGGUGGAACGAAAUUUGUUGGACUCCAUUUGAAUGGCGGACGAAUGGGUAAUCAAUUAUUCCACCUCAUAACCGGUUACGCUAUUGCCAAAACUAUCGGACGAGUUCAUUAUUUGCCUUAUGAAGACGAAUGUCGAGGAACUGUCUUGAAAUACUUGGAACUAUUCAAGCAUGUGUUUCCAGCUUUAGAAAGAACAUACUAUGUAGAAAAGGAUCGAAUCAAUGGAACUCUUGUACCGUUUGCCAAAAAGUCGUGUUGUGUUUAUGACGAUCCCAGAAGGUUGAUGAACCAUCCCGACAAGUUCCUUCUUCUGGAUUUCUCUUUUGCACAAAAUCCACGCUACUUUGAGGAUAUGAUCGAUGAGGUUCACGAACUUCUCGAAUUUUCUCCAAAUAUUACCAGCGAAGGAGGUUUCUUGUUGGACUCCCUGAAAGCCAACUACUCAAGCAAAGAAGGCGAAUUUUCGUUCUGGGACCGCCCUAACCAAAGCGCUCUGUGUAUCCACAUCCGACGAACCGAUUUCCUGGAGAGAAACAUCUCAACUAACAUGAUGGAAACGGUUACGGCAGCGAAUGAUAUUGCUAGAGGAAAAGGUGUGGAUCGGUUUCUCAUAUUCGGUGACGAUAAGGAUUUCAUGUACAAUCUGACCAAGGUUAUUAUUAGGACGGGAAACUGGAACCGUAACGCUGCGUACGUCUCCCAAUUCAGUGAAGCCAUCGAUUUUUACGUUGCUUCACAAGUAUGUCGCUCAUUUCUGAUUACCGCUGUGACGUCGUCGUUUGGUUGGUGGUUGGCAUUUUUCGUGGCCGAUCAAAAUUCCAUCUACUAUAUGCCAGAUGAUCGAAUACAUGGUGACAAAGUCCCGAGCAAGGAGUUAUUUUUGUAG